GAGACUAUAAAGAGAAAGAAGAAACAAGAUUGGAGCUUCUAUUCUUCUUCUCCAAAUUCUUACCAAGAAACCCCUAAAUCCUUACGUAUAUCCUCUCUGUCCUUCCAUUGAAGGCUUGUUUAGGGCAGAUGGCAUUGCAAGAACAAUUAGAUAGAUUCAAGAAGCAGCAAGAGAAAUGCCAGUCAACCCUGACCAGCAUUGCCUCUAAAAAGGCUGCAGCAAACCCCAGAGCUGUUCCCAUAGCAGCUGCUAAAGCUCCCGCUCCAGCUGUCAAAUUCUCUAAUGAUACAGAGAGACUCCAACACAUUAAUAGCAUAAGGAAAGGGCCUGUUGGAGCUCAGAUCAAGCGUGUUAUAGACCUGCUUCUAGAGACAAGGCAGGCCUUUACGCCAGAGCUAAUUAAUGAAGCAUGUUAUGUUGAUGUGAAUGCCAACAAAGCUGUCUUUGACAGUCUGAGGAAUAAUCCAAAAGUUCACUAUGACGGGAAGCGCUUUUCUUAUAAGUCCAAGCAUGCUCUGAAAGACAAAAAUCAACUCCGGUCCUUAAUACGGAAAUUUUCAGAGGGCAUACCUGUCAUUGAUCUGAAGGAUUCAUAUCCAACUGUGAUGGAGGACUUGCAGGCUUUGAAAGCUGCGGGUGACAUAUGGCUACUUUCGAACUUCGAUUCACAAGAGGACAUUGCUUAUCCAAAUGACCCCAGGUUGCCUUCUUGUAAGGUGGAUGAUGAACUUAAAACUUUCUUCAGGGAGAUUGAAUUGCCUCGUGAUAUGCUAGACAUUGAGAGGGAUCUCCAGAAGAAUGGUAUGAAGCCGGCCACAGACACUGCAAAGAGGAGGGCGGUGGCGCAGAGUCAAGGCAUUCAAGCCAAAUCCAAGCCCAAGAAGAAGAAGAAUGAGAUCAGCAAGAGGACCAAGCUGACCAAUGCCCAUCUUCCAGAGCUUUUCAAGGACCUGAAAAAUUAGCUGAAGCCAUUACUCAGAAUGGCAAUACACUGAUGGUCCUGUGUUGAGAUACAGUUUUCCAAUUUGUUGCCACAAGAAUUACGUUAAUAGGAACUGUAAAUUGUAUCAAAUAGCUAUGAAAUCCAAUUUGGAAGUCUUUAAAUUUUAACUCUAAACCAAUGGAUUGCGGAAUUGGAUCUAUAAUAUCCAUAAGACUAUUACAUAU